GCAGAAGAGCCGCCACCGCAUGCCAGGUAAGGAUGCUCAUUCGAUAACGCGGGGACAAAUCUUCCCUCAUUGUCUUGGAUGUACGAGUAUACAAGUCAAAAUUUGUGAAAAGAUCGAUUUGUGAGCACUCCAACCAAGACACGUCCAUCUAAUCACCUUUGUUGCGGAUGUAGCAUGGUCUACCAUGGGCCCAUGUCUCCCGUGCCUGUGGCGCACAAGUCGCAACAAGUAAGGACGGUACGUCGCCUACCUUUCAGAUCAAAAAUAUGUGUAUCUGUCUCGAUAUUCGCACAUUGGCUUCAGAAAUAGUGUCUCGCUUGGAGAACAACGGGAUAGAGACACGGUGAUAACGCUUCAGUAUGGUCCGGCUAAUGUUUCAGAUGUAUUCCUUGAUAUGAUGAGCAGUGCAUACAAAAGAUAUGCCGAAUCCUCGGAGACACCGCUCGAACUAUAUAUUGCAGAAGAUCCUACAGAGCUACGGCCCACUGAAGACUUUUCUCCGCUGCACCCACCUAAUCAUGGUCAAUUGGCAAGAUCCUGCAGUAAUCGCUUCCGAGCUUACUGCAUUUGUCAAAUUAUCCUACGUGGUCGAUGCUAUCUAUCUGUGGGAAUGGGUUACCAAUCUGGGCUUCGAUUGGAGGGUCUUGCGAGACAAAAUAACCCUGCCAGCCGCGGCAUACCUUCUAUGCCGUUUCGCCACUCUGUUUGUCGUGAUCACUGAUAUUAUCAUUAUGAAUAUCAUUACCGAUGUCAACUGUAGUGCGUUGACUCAUGUCGUCCUGGUCUCUAGUUUCAUCGCGCUGGCCGCUGCAUCACUUAUCAUUGUCCUUCGAGUUGUGGCCAUUUGGUUCAAGAACCCUUACAUCACUGUUCUUGCCGUCACAAUCUUCCUCGUGAACGUUGGAUGUCUGAUAUAUGGUGUCGCAAAGGGUCCUCGGACGCAGUGGGAUGUUGCGGCCAAAUAUUGCUUCGAGGUUGAGAUUGGUCGCGGGAAGAUAAAUAUUGUUGCAGCAUUUGCUUCCGAUACCUUCCUUCUCAUCCUCAUGAUCAUUGGCAUAUGGAGGAAUAGAGGAUCGGGGAGUCUCUGGGAACUUAUUUGGCGACAGGGAGUGGUCUGGAUAGCAUCUGCAAUGGCGGCCUACAUUCCUCUUGUGGUGCUCAUAUGUCUCGAUCUCAACAUUCCUAUGGAUAUGAUGCUUCAAAUACCCACAUAUCUGAUGUUGGUGAUAUGUGCCACUCGUCUACACCGCCAACUCUACAUGACUGCGAGAUCGGGACACGUUUACGUCUCCACCGGUAACGUGACGCGUUUCAGACGAUUCGAAGCAGCAAGCACCACUGCGGCUGACCACGAGAUCGCACUUUAUCCUGUACAUGCUCCGAAUGAAGCCUCUUCUGGUAUUACCGUGACUAGGGACAUCUGUGUGGAGUCGGACACCGUGAAGCUAGUACCGACUGGUGGUGAUAAUGUCUGAAGAUGCGUAGGGCAUAUCUUGCUGCUGUUGUGCAUUGGCAUUGAUAUGAGAUCUCGUAGAAGAUGCAAGAGGAUGUAGUCAGUUAUGGCACAUUUCCAAUGCUGGAAUUGAUAGUAGAAUUACGGAAUAGAACCAAAAUCUCCGGGCACGCCACUGAUGC